GGCGGGCAACAUGGCGGCCUCUAUCUCCCCGCUACGCUCCUCCUACAGGAUUUGUAACAGUCUGUCCUUCCACCACUACCGAGCCAAACUACGGAUGCACAGAAAGUGCGAGAGUCAGAGAAGACAUCUCCAUGCGUCAGUCACCAGGCAUGCUGCAGUGGUGGUGUCAGGGACAGAGAUGGCACGUCAGAUUCACAGAGAGAUUCAGAGGGAGGUGGAGGAGCUGGUCACCGGCGGCAACAUGAGACCCCACCUGGGUGUGGUGUUGGUUGGGGACGACCCGGCGAGUCGCACCUACGUCAGGAACAAGACCAGAGCUGCUAGUAUACUGGGUAGGAAGGGUAUCUCUAGUGACACGGUGGUGAAACCUGCCUCUGUCUCUCAGGAUGAACUACUGGAGCUGAUAGACAAGAUGAACAGAGACUGGAAGGUCUCAGGCCUGCUGGUACAACUACCUCUACCAGGGCACAUCACGGAGCGUGCUGUGUGUAACGCCAUAGCCCCAGAGAAGGACGUGGAUGGAUUCCACAUCGUCAACAUAGGGAAGCUGUGUCUGGGCCAGACGUCUAUGGUGCCUGCUACACCUGCUGCUGUGUGGGAGAUCAUCAGGAGAACAGGUAUCGAGACAGUGGGGAAGAACGUGCUGGUGGCCGGACGCUCUAAGAAUGUAGGCUUGCCCAUCGCCAUGUUGCUUCACACAGACCGCAACCACCAACGCCCUGGAGGUGAUGCCACGGUAACCAUCGCCCACAGGUGCACCCCCAGAGAGCAGCUGAAGGAACUGACCCGUCUGGCCGACAUCGUCAUCGCAGCUGCAGGUGUGCCUGGGCUGAUCACCGUCGACAUGGUGAAGGAGGGGGCAGCGGUUAUCGAUGUGGGUAUUAACCGGGUCCAGGACCGGACCACAGGAAAACUACGGCUGGUGGGCGACGUGGACUUUGAAGGGGUGAAGGAGAAGGCAGGGUUUAUCACGCCAGUUCCUGGAGGGGUGGGGCCUAUGACGGUCGCAAUGCUGAUGAAGAACACUGUUGCUGCUGCCAGAUACGCACUGACGCACUGACACACACACACACACACACACACACACUGACACACACACACUGACACACACCGACACACAAACACACACAGACAGACACACACACACACACACACACACACACACACACACAGACAGACACACACACACUGAAACAGAUGCUGAGACACACACACACACACUAAAACUCACACACACACACACAUUAAAACUCACACACAAUGAAACAGAUGCUGAGACACACACACACACUGACACACACACACUGACACACACACACACACACACACACACACACACACACACACACACACACACACACACACACACACACACACACACACACACACACACACACACACACACACAAUGAAACAGAUGCUGAGACACACACUCCAAGCAGAGCCAUACCAAGCACGUUAGAACACUCCGUACAUCCAGGGGUGUUUGUUGCUUUUUUUCAUGUGUUUUAGUUGUUUAUUCAAGUUAUUUAAGUUAUUUAUUUUGAAGCUCUUUAUUUGAGAGUUUUUAUAUGUGUGUUUUUUUUCUACCGAAGCCGUUUAGUGUUUAACGUUACUGAAAAAUAUUGCGGCUGGUUCAACUGGAAGAACAAAACAAACAAUAAAACUCUCUAACCUGGUGA